AUGAAGUUUGAAAUAAUUUUCAUCUUAAUUUUUAAACUUAUAAGUUCUGCAGAUUGUGAAAAGAAGUUUAGGUUCCUUAAGACUGAAAUUUGUGGAUUACGAAACAUUUUGAUGGCUGUCGAAAAAUGUGAAUUUAAAAAUGAUUAUUUAUCAUUAAAAUGUCACACAUUGCAGCCAAUUAUCAAGUCAGAGCUCUCAUUUGCAGUCUACAUCAUUGAAAACAACAAAUCGCGGGAAAUUUUUAAAUCACCCGACAAGCUCGAUUGGUGUCAAAUGGUUCAAGGUCUUAAAAUGAAGCAAAAUCCGAUCGUAAAGAUUUUUUUGUCCGACUUUAAAGAGCAAAUUCGGUUCAUCUUUACAUGUCCAAUGAAAGGCGGAAUUGACUUGGAGAAAGUUAGACUUUUUGAUAAAAUUGGAAGUUUUUUUCCGAUGAAAACUUUUCGGUACAAAGAAAAGGCAACUUUUGCAUCGGCUGAUGGAAAAAGGGAUGAAUUAAGCGUAUCGAUGAUCUUUGAGCAUUUUGAUGAUGGAAAAUGAAUAAAGGUUGAAUAUAAAAUUAUUAAAAAGGGUUGUUCGCAUAUUUUGUAACGGUUAAAAAUUGCCAUUUUUGACUCAAUGCUUUCUGGUCAUAUUUGUUUUCAAGAUCGUGGCAAAAGGUGGAGGUUCAAAACGUUUUAAAAACUACUCCUUGAAUUUUGUCUUCUACAAUUGACAGUUACGGCCAAUGGAAGUGCCCGC